UCCGGCGCCUCCCUCACCUACAAGCGAGCCCCACCCCGCACACCCACCAAUGGCUCCCUCCCGAACCCCAGGAUGCUCCCCGUGGCCCCCACUCGUCAGCCUCUAACCGCCUCGUCUUGGCCUCGCCUAGCCGCGGCGGGACCCACGCCGCCCAGACCCAAUCUCCCCCUAAACCCCGCACCGCCGCCGCCGCCGCCGCCGCCGAACCCUAGCCCCGCCGCCAUGCUGCGCCGCCUCGCCGCCGCCGCGCCGCGGGCCUUCUUCUCGUCGUCGACCCCGCACGCGCCGCCGCCGCCGGCGGGGUACACCCAGCGCCGCGAGUACGGGCUGGUCCCCAUGGUGAUCGAGCACACCUCCCGCGGGGAGCGGGCGUACGACAUCUUCUCGCGCCUCCUCAAGGAGCGGAUCGUCUGCAUCCACGGGCCAAUCACCGACGACACGGCCUCCCUCGUCGUCGCCCAGCUGCUCUUCCUCGAGUCCGAGAACCCCGCCAAGCCCGUCCACCUCUACAUCAACUCCCCCGGCGGGGUCGUCACCGCGGGCCUCGCGAUCUACGACACCAUGCAGUACAUCCGCUCCCCGGUCACCACGCUCUGCAUCGGCCAGGCCGCGUCCAUGGCCUCGCUCCUCCUCGCCGCGGGCGCGCGCGGCGAGCGGCGGGCGCUCCCCAACGCGCGCGUCAUGAUCCACCAGCCGUCGGGCGGCGCGUCGGGGCAGGCGUCCGACAUCGCCAUCCACGCCAAGGAGAUCCUCAAGGUGCGCGACCGUCUCAACAAGAUCUACGCCAAGCACACGAGCCAGGCCAUCGACCGUAUCGAGCAGUGCAUGGAGCGGGACAUGUUCAUGGAUCCAGAGGAGGCGCACGACUGGGGGCUCAUCGACGAGGUCAUCGAGCACCGCCCAGUUUCACUGGUUUCUGAUGCCGUCGGCAGCGAUCUGCCAAACCUAGGCGGGGGCGGAGAUGGGGCUAACAAGGCAACUGAUGAACCAUCUCCAGCUUGAUGAAUGGUCACAAGGUGCAAAUCUUUUUGCGUUCCUGUAGCUGUGUUGCUGGAAUUAAGGUUUAAUUCUUGCACAGCCUGUUCUUUUGGUACUUGAAUUAAUCUGUUUCUUAUAAUGAAUUCAACCCUUGCCUGCUUAGCCCCAUUGAUGUUGAUAAAUGCAGUGUUAAAACAGUUUAUCAGAAAGCAAUGAAUCUCAUAUGGACAGGAAUUGCAACUUUUCUACAAUAGGCUUGAUUUUGUAUUUGGGACUA